CUUUAAAAAUGUGAAACAAAAUAAUUUUUUUGAACAAUUAAAAUAGAAAAGUUUGAUAUACUACAUAUUUAUCAUCGUUUGAACAUGGCCGAGUCAUCAUUUCAUUUUCUUGUCACACACUCUACCUCAAAUACUCCCCAUAAGCAGUAAUUACUCCGUAAUAAUUACAAAUUCCUAUGGAAGGAAAGGGAAUUUGGUUAGUAAAUUCCAAAUUUGUUUUUUUGUCGUGCCCAAACCCGACUUGUUUCCACCACUCGACCAGAUCCAUUACCACCUACAAGCACGGAGUACAAUCCACCGAAUCAGACCGGGCCUAGUCCGACCUCCCCACACGCUGAUUAAUCAGAAUAAUCACCACCCCUUCUUCUCCGUCAGCGUUUCCUGCCCCUCCCCCUUCCAGUCUUCGACUAGAAAUACGGCACGCCUCUUCAUAUGCUCUCCACGCGCCUUCUUCCUUCAGAACACCACCAUUGCCAAUCACCCCUCAUUCUCAUCGAUUCGCCGGGGAAGAACUAAGAAGUGCGCAUAAGCAAAAGUCAUGUAUAUGAAUCACGCCUCGCUCUUGCGCAUCUCGUCCUCUUCCUUGUGCCGCCCUCGGUUGUUCUCCUCGUCGACGUUCUCUCUGCAUCGGCCAUCGCCUUCGCUGUAUCAGCGCCAGUCGCGGCCGCUCAGUUUCGCUUCGGCUUUUAGGUCGCUUCGUUGCUCCGCGCCGAGGUGGAGCCACGGCGUUGGCUGGAAAUCACCUGCUAGCCUCACUUCUCAGAUCAGGGCCGCCGCCCCUGUUUUUACCGAGUUCCAUCGGAAGAUCGCUUCCAUGGCAUCCGAGAAUCCAUUUAAGGGAAUCUUCACAAGUCUCCCCAAGCCUGGAGGUGGAGAAUUCGGAAAGUUCUAUAGUUUGCCAGCUCUGAAUGAUCCUCGAAUCGAUAAGCUACCAUACUCAAUUAGGAUCCUUCUUGAAUCUGCUAUUCGCAAUUGCGAUAACUUUCAAGUGACAAAGGAAGAUGUUGAGAAGAUUAUUGACUGGCAAAACACUGCUCCUAAGCUAGUGGAGAUACCCUUUAAGCCGGCCCGCGUGUUGUUACAAGACUUUACUGGGGUCCCAGCAGUUGUUGACCUUGCUUGCAUGCGUGAUGCCAUGAAUAAGCUAGGAAGUGAUUCCAACAAAAUCAACCCCUUGGUUCCAGUGGAUCUUGUUAUCGAUCACUCAGUUCAAGUGGAUUUUACAAGGUCAGAAAAUGCAGUUAAGGCUAAUAUGGAACUCGAGUUCCAGAGGAACAAGGAGAGAUUUGCCUUCCUAAAAUGGGGUUCUAAUGCUUUCUCUAAUAUGCUUGUUGUUCCCCCUGGUUCUGGAAUUGUCCACCAGGUGAAUCUUGAGUACCUUGGGCGAGUUGUCUUCAACACCGAUGGGGUACUUUAUCCCGAUAGUGUGGUUGGAACAGAUUCCCAUACGACCAUGAUUGAUGGACUAGGUGUUGCUGGCUGGGGUGUUGGUGGUAUUGAAGCCGAAGCAGCCAUGCUUGGCCAGCCAAUGAGCAUGGUGUUGCCUGGAGUUGUUGGCUUCAAGCUAUCAGGACAUUUACAGAAUGGUGUGACAGCGACAGACUUGGUUUUAACUGUUACUCAAAUGCUAAGGAAACAUGGCGUUGUUGGAAAGUUUGUUGAAUUCCAUGGUGAUGGUGUUGGUAAGUUAUCAUUGGCUGACAGAGCAACCAUUGCUAACAUGUCUCCUGAAUAUGGUGCCACAAUGGGAUUCUUCCCUGUAGACCAUGUGACGUUGCAGUACCUAAAAUUGACUGGGAGAAGUGAUGAAACAGUGGCAAUGGUUGAAGCAUAUCUUCGCGCAAAUAACAUGUUUGUUGAUUAUAAUGAGCCUCAACAAGAAAGAGUAUACUCAUCAUCCUUGCAACUAGACCUUGCAGAUGUGGAACCGUGCUUGUCUGGGCCGAAGAGACCACACGACCGGGUGACACUUAAAGACAUGAAGUCUGAUUGGCACUCUUGCCUUGAUAACAAAGUGGGAUUUAAGGGUUUCGCUGUGCCAAAGGAUGCCCAAGAAAAGGUUGCCAAGUUUUCCUUUAAUGGACAGCCUGCAGAGCUCAAGCAUGGUAGUGUUGUGAUUGCUGCUAUUACAAGCUGCACGAAUACCUCAAACCCCAGUGUUAUGCUUGGAGCUGGGCUUGUUGCUAAAAAGGCUGCUGAACUGGGCCUUCUUGUAAAGCCAUGGAUUAAGACAAGUCUUGCUCCAGGAUCUGGGGUUGUUAAAAAAUAUUUGCUUCAGAGCGGUCUGCAGAAAUAUUUGAAUGAGCAAGGGUUCAACAUUGUUGGAUAUGGCUGCACAACCUGCAUUGGCAAUUCCGGUGAUCUAGAUGAGGCAGUUGCUUCUGCAAUAUCAGAAAAUGAUAUUGUUGCAGCCGCUGUUCUUUCUGGUAACCGGAAUUUUGAGGGCCGUGUUCAUCCAUUGACAAGGGCCAAUUACCUUGCUUCACCUCCUUUAGUGGUUGCCUAUGCACUUGCUGGGACGGUUGAUAUUGACUUUGAGAAAGAACCAAUCGGGGUGGGGAAGGACGGUAAGGAUGUGUAUUUCAGGGAUAUCUGGCCAACAACAGAGGAAGUUGCUGAGGCUGUCCAGUCCAGUGUAUUACCUGACAUGUUCAAGAGCACAUAUGAAGCCAUCACCAAGGGGAACCCUAUGUGGAAUCAAUUAUCUGUCCCAGAGUCCAAACUGUAUUCAUGGGACCCUAAUUCUACAUACAUCCAUGAGCCGCCAUAUUUCAAAGGCAUGACGAUGGAUCCUCCGGGGGUCCAUGGAGUGAAAGAUGCAUAUUGCUUGUUGAACUUUGGUGAUAGUAUCACGACAGAUCAUAUCUCGCCAGCUGGGAGCAUUAACAAGGACAGCCCGGCUGCCAAAUUCCUCCUUGAGAGAGGUGUUGACCGCAAGGACUUCAACUCUUAUGGAAGCCGAAGAGGUAAUGAUGAGAUUAUGGCAAGGGGUACAUUCGCCAAUAUACGUCUUGUGAACAAGUUGCUGAAUGGUGAAGUUGGGCCAAAAACCGUUCACGUUCCCUCUGGCGAGAAACUCUCUGUUUUUGAUGCUGCAAUGAAAUACAAGUCUGAAGGGAAGGACACUAUAAUCUUGGCAGGAGCAGAGUAUGGAAGUGGUAGCUCUAGAGAUUGGGCCGCCAAGGGCCCGAUGUUGUUGGGAGUGAAAGCAGUUAUAGCGAAGAGCUUUGAAAGGAUUCAUAGGAGUAACUUAGUUGGAAUGGGGAUCAUUCCUCUGUGUUUCAAGGCUGGGGAGGAUGCUGACUCGCUUGGGCUGACCGGGCAUGAGCGUUACACGAUUGACCUUCCGUCCAGCGACAUCCGUCCAGGUCAGGAUGUGACUGUUAGGACAGACAAUGGCAAAACUUUUACUUGCACCGUUCGCUUUGAUACUGAGGUGGAGUUGGAGUAUUUUGGGCAUGGAGGGAUUCUCCCAUACGUUAUUCGCCAAUUGAUCAGGCAGUGAAGUUACAAGGAUUUGGUGCUGAUGCUUUGUAAAACAUGAAAGAAAAUAAAGGAGAAUACAUCAUAUACCCACCCACACCCACAAUCACAUAUUGAGCAGCAAACUACUCGGGUGUUUCUUUGUCAAUGAAUUAAUUGAUCUUGCAAUUUUGUUACUAAAAAUUAAUCAUUUUUUUCACUCCUCUACCCCAUUGAUAUGGGAGUGAAAGUGUAGUAACAUUUAAUCUUUCUGGGUUUAAAUUCAACUUCUUAGUAUAGUGACAAUGUUUCACGUUUUUGUUUUUCAAAAUAGAUUAACAUGCUUGAUUGUGAC